CAGUUGCAGUUGCUGCUGUUCUGUGGCACCCUUUUUUUGUUUGGUUGCGUUCAUCCUGCAGCGCAAAACACACACACAUACGCGGGCGGAGUGUGCCGUGCGUCCUUUACCUUCCCUUUUGCGCAAGCUGGCGCAACUAAACCACAACAAAGGGAUCGCCCUUCCUUCCCCGUAGUGCACCUACGUUCUACUCCACACACACACACUCCGCACUCACCCACCCACCCACCCACGACCAUUUCGCUCUGUCCACCUCUUCCCCGGAGCGUGUCGCCAGCACCAUGUCGAACAGCACACCGUCGCCACCUCCAACGCCACCACCUGCACCACCACCAGUGUCGGGCGGGGGAGUGGCACCGCCACCGCCACCGCCGGCCAAAACGCCCCUCUCCGAGCUGAACCUAGACGUGCUCAAUAACAGCAGCAACCGCAUCAGCAAACCAGCAAACCAUCCCGCCAUACUUUCGUCCGGCGAGUGUGCCUGGGCGACCCAGUACCCGGAGAUACAGAAGGCCUGCUUCCUGAACCGCGUCUGCCAGUAUGCGCCGCCGCGCGAGCUGCGCGUCCAGAACGUGGAGCCGAUACUGCAGAACGGGCCGACCUGCGGCCUGACCGCGCUCAGCAUGAUCUUCGACGGGGCACCGUCGGCGACGGUCCUGCUCGAGCAGGCUGUGACCCGCGGCUACUCCAACAACGGGGAGAUGUUUAGCGCACGCCAGCUGAACGAGCUGUUCGAGCAGGUGCUGGAGGAGAACCGGCACCUGGUGGAGUACAAGCCCGUCACCCACACGCUCGUCGGUGGCUGGAUGGACGACCCGAACAUCCAGAUCAAGCUGCGCCUCGGGGCCAUGUUUCUUGUGCCUUACGAUCCGGACCGGAAUCAUACGCCCUGCCUCAACAAAGGACACCGGGCCCACUGGGCACUGAUUGUCGGCUAUCUAAUCGAUCAGUUUGACGAUUUUUACGUGUUUGCACGCCACGGGAAAACGAAAAACCUCGCCCUCUGGUCACUGCGCGACCUGUCCCGCAGCAACGGUAAUCUAGUCGAGUUCUGCCAACCGGUAGGACAUCCCAACGAAACCUUCAUCCUGCCCGAGGGUGGCAUGGGCGGGUGUAACGGUUUGCGCUGCAAAUUCAUCAUGAUCGAGCACUACAAGGCCAAGACGGAGAUCGCACUAUGAGACACACCGCGUGGCAGCAACACGUGCAUGCAGGUUCUUCCAGCCGGCCAACAACGCCGUCCACCGCCGAUUGUACAGCACACUACCAUCCCCUUUUUGCCCUCCGUUUCACACCUUCUUUCCCCCACUGUUUGCUUAGAUUGUUAUUUAUUCCCACCGGUGUGUGUACAGACACACACGCACACACAGACACACACCGGUGGCACACACAGAGGACAGAUGCAACUAUUUAUGGAACUAUUUAUCUUUUAUUUAAUAUUCAUAGCUUUAUUUUCGGGUUUCCGUUUUGGCUAUAUAUAUAUAUAAUUUAUUUUAAAACAUGCAUAAAACAGUAUUGAGAUAUUUUUUGUCCCAUCUCUCUCUCUCUCUCUCUCUCUCUCUCUCUCUCUCUCUCUCUCUCCCUCUCUCUCUCUCUCU